AAAAAUAGUUUAAAACUAUAAAGUUGUAUAUACUAGUGAAACUUUAUAAAAUAAACUUUGUAAACUUGAAAAUGCGAAAAAGCCGUCUUUCGUUAACUAGACCAUUCUCUUUGCGAGAAGGUACAAAAUUUUCUGGACGUAAUAUUCUUCCAAGGCAUAAGAAGUUAAGUUCGUUACUUACUAGUGUAGAUAAUAAUGAAGGUAAUGAAAUGGAAUUACAAGAUGAAAUGAACGAUAACGUCGAUAAUAGUGAAGAAAAUGAAGAAAAUGUCAAUAACUACGAUGAAGAAACUGAUUAUAACUCUCACGACGGAAAUGAAGAAGAAAAUAACUAUGAAGAAGAAACUGAUUAUAACCAUCAUGACGGAAAUAAAGAAGAAAAUGAUGAUAACUACAGAGAAGAAACUGAUUAUAACUACCAUGAAGAAAGUAACUACAGUGAAGAAAAUGUUUAUUAUGAUGAUAGUAGCAAUGUAGAAGACAAGGACGAACUGGAAGAUGAUUAUAAUAUGGAAGAGGAUAAUGUUAUUGAUGAAAGUGAUAAUCAUGAAGACACUAUAGUUGAUUCGUCAAUAGGUUGUAACCAUAUGUUGAAUAUAGAUGGAAGAUUUGCACCUUACUUUGAAAAUUCGACCUUUGCAUUAUUAUUUUGUUGGAUACAGAAACACAACAUAUCAACGCAUGCAUAUAACGACUUGGUAGAAGUACUACACCAUCAAAAUUUUAAAGUUAAAGAUGUUGUAAAAAUACAACGUAUUUAUACUUAUAACGAAUUACAAAAUAAUUUUCACUCUAAUUCUCGAUCAAUUACGAAGGAAUCGCAAUUGUGGAUGGUAGAUCAAUAUUUAAAAGAAGGUAGUAUUAUUGCAAAUACUUAUGAGAUCAUUAGAAAAGUUAAUAUUAUGAUUAUUCGUGAAACAAAUACUACUGACGGAAUUUUUAUUAAAGAAAUUUUAUACAAAAGUAAUGGUUAUUGGAAAAUGCGAAAUGUGACGCUAGAUUACAAGCAUCCAGGCGAAUAUUUUAUUCUAAGUUUACCACCACUACAAUAUAGGAAUCUACGAGUUUUGAAGAUAUUUAUUGAUAUUUACUAUGAUGACUUCAGUACCUAUCGAAAUGUUUACCAUUCCUUAGGCGGAGUUUAUGUUCAAUUGGGAAAUAUGCCAUUCGAUAUAAGAAAACUUGUUCGCAACCAUUUUGUCUUAGGUUUUAUUCCCUUCGGUGGUUGUUUUGAGGAUUUCAUUCGUCCUUUCAUUAAAGAUAUGAAGAGGUUGGAAAAAGGAACAUUGAUGAACAUCUAA